AGUAGCAUUUGAGGAAACAAUGACACAGAAACACUUUCUCUAUCAAACACUUUGCUGUUCGGUACAUUGUGAGCCUCUGCUGUGCUGCUGUGCUGCUGUGCUACUCAAAAGCCAAAAUAUCCAACCCUCUGGAGGAAAAGUUUCUUAAUUAAAAGAAAUUUACUGGAAUGCCAGCAAACUGACACAGUUGAGCAAUGCAGCUGAUAUUUCUUUUCCUGAUGAUCCUGCCGCAAACGUAUGCAGAUUAUCCUGCAUUAAAAGCUGUUCUGUCAGAAAAGGGUCUCAGAGAUGUGUCUGAAAUGAUGGGUGUUUGGAUACAAAGCAAACUGAAGAGUACUGAAAUCCCAGAAGUCCGGGGUGGGGUGGACAUUGGCAUCGGCACUGUGGACUAUGUCAUUUCAAACAUGCAUAUUGGGCAAUGCAGCAUGUCAGGUCCAUCUUUGGAAUUUGUGAAGGGAUCAGGUGUAUCAGUAGAAGUCAGUCAACUCUCAUUAGCCAUCAAAGGCCACUGGACAACGCGGUUUGGCAUCAUACAUGAUGGUGGAUCACUUGAUCUUGCUGUGUACAAUACCAAAAUCAAAACCAUCUUGGAGUUACAGGAUGAUGCUGGCCGUCUCUCCAUCAACACCAUUUUCUGUGGUGAUAACGUAGGAGGUGUGCACAUUCAGUUCCACGGAGGUGCUAGCUUUUUUUUCCAGCCAUUUGUAAGCCAUUUUAGUGGACAGAUCUCAAAAAUGAUACACAUGAAGGAAAUACCCGUCAACAUAUCCAUGGAUCAGUAUGUAUAUCUAAGCGUCCUUCUCACAUCCUCCCCUGCUGUGACAAAUCAAAGCUUUGAGUUAGACAUGAAGGGUGAGUUUUACAGCAACAGUUCUCCAUCUGAACCACCUUUCUUUCCAAGCAAAUUUGACUUUCAGUUUGAGGAAAACUACAUGCUUUCACUAGCUGCGUCAGAGUUCCUAGUAAAUUCUGCAGCUUAUGCAUACCUAAGCUCUGAGGUUCUCCAAAUCAACAUUAAUGACAGCAUGAUACCAAAGAAUUUACCGUUUCAUCUGAAUACCAGCCAGUUUGGCGCUUUCAUUCCUCAGCUGUCCACAUUAUAUCCCAACAUGGAGAUGGAGGUACUCAUAUAUGCCAGCGAGACACCGCUAUUCUCCUUUAAUUCCGGGGCGAUAGAUGUUAAUGUACUGGCUGCAGGAAAGUUCUCAGUUGUUAAACCUGAUGGCAAGCUGGUGCCUCUUUUCAGACUGGAUGUGGAUGCAAGCUUCAGUGGAAGUGCUCAGAUUGACCAAAAACACCUUACUGCAGCAUUUAAAAUGAAAAAUUUGACGCUGACUCUUGGAUCAUCUGAGAUUGGUGAUUUCAAGACUGCCAAGCUCAAGCAAAUGUUAAUUAUUGCAGUAAAUACGUUUGUACUUCGAAAACUAAAUGAUUACCUGAAGACUGGCUUUCUACUACCCACACUGCAGAGCUUUAAUUUGAUUAAUUCUAAAUUGCUCAUAAAAAAUGGCUUUGUGGUAAUUUGUACUGAUGUUGAUGAUUCUUGGAUAGUCUCAAUGAAAACUAAGGUCCCAAGGCCUCAACCUCUGUAAUUAAUCGCUUCAUUGGAGUCUUUUUGCUUACAUAAGUAAUCUGGCUUUCAAAGAAGGUUGGCAUGAUUUCUUAUAGCUAGCUUUUAGAGGAAGAUGAUUUGUUCUGUGUUCUGUGACAAUAAAUUAACAUAUUGAAUACACACACACACACACACACACAGAGAAUCUCACAGAAUUGAGCACACCCCACACAUUUUUAAAAAUAUUAUAUCUUUUCAUGUGAAAACACUAAAAAAAUGACACACUACAAUGUAAAGUAGUGAUUAUAUAGCUUAUAUAACAGUGUAAAUUUGCUGUAACCUCAAAUAACUCAACACCCAGCCAUUAAUGUCUAAACAGCUGGCCACAACAGUGAGUACACUGUUGAGUGAAAAUUGUGCCCAAAGUCUCAAUAUUUUGUAUCACCACCAUUAUUUUCCAGCACAUAUCCAACCCUCACCAGAGCCUCUUCCAUUCCUCCAUGAUGACUUCACAAGGCUGUUUUCAUUUGAGGAUGCCCCAUAUAUGCUCAAUGGGGUUUAGGUCAGGAGACAUGCUUGGCCAGUCCAUCACCUUUUCCGUGUAGGGUCUAGAUCAGCCCAAGGAAAAGAAUUCAGUGGCAUGGUCAAAGAUUUUAAUGUGCAUUCUGUAAAAGGACACAUCACAUUACAGGCUUAUUCUGGCUAUAUACACACAACUGAUUUGCAACUUACCCUUAAAUACCCAUGCCAGACAAACAAAGAAAUCUUGAGAACAACUGUAAAAACAUACAACCCCUUUUUGCUCCGGGGCACCUGGUUGGAUAGAUAAAUUCUUCAAAGGGAGGGGAUCAUAUUCUGCUUCAGUAUCUCAGAGUACAUGUUGGCUUUCAUGGUUUGCUCAAUGACCUGUAGCGCCCCAGUGCCGGCAGCACUCAUGCAGCCCCAGACCAUGACAUUCCCACCACCAUGCUUAACUGUAGGCAUGAAACACUUGUCUUUGUACUCCUCAACUGGUUUCCACCACACAUGCUUGAUACCAUCUGAACCAAAUAUGUUUAUCUUGGUCUCGUCAGAGCAUAGGACAUGGUUACAGUAAUCAUACUUUAUAUUGUAGCAAAGUGUCAUUGUCACAUCAAAAGUUAUAAUAAAUUAUUUACAAAAAUGUGAGGACUGAGGACUCACUUCUGUGAGAUACUGUAUAUAGAAUAUUGUUUUUAUGCUAAAUCACAUGCACCUUCUACCUUAUUUUGUUUAUACUCAUAUUAAGAAAAGUAAAUCGAUCCUAUCUCAUAAGCAUUUAAAUUAUACUUACAAGACAGGUCACAGAAGACUUGGUGUGUUCUGCUCGGGUCUAGAGAUCAGCGUCUUUUUGGCAGGCGAAUGUCUUGGUUAUAAUAAGAUAUAUUUAGCCUAUAUAUAUAUAUAUACACACACUGAAACUAUAUUACAACUAAAAUACUAGUAUAAAAUAGAAAUAAAAACAAAGGUAUUCAAUCUGCAUGCUCAGUUGUACAGAGGUAUCAAUGGCAAGGUCGCCAAGACUGGAGAAGCUGUUACACAAAAUCAGCAUCUGGCUCUCUCCUAGGUGCAUCAGUUCUUUAUAGCCACCAGGUGCAUCCCAAAGUCAGCUGAUGUCAUGCAUCUGGGAAAUUCCCUUAGAAGCCCCAUAUAUAAAGUGCUCCAUUUUCAUUCUCCGUGGCUUUCUCUUAAGAUGUUUUCUUCUCUGCGUCUGCCACACAGCAGUCAGUACAACACAGCUCUAACUAAUCGUAUUUCAUCUCUGGCUAUACUUCUGCUAACAUAUAUUAAACUAAAUGCUUUGUAUCUUUUAAAUUUUUAUUUAAAUUUUUAAUUAAUUUUUAAAAGCAUGCUAUGUGUGUUCUUUUUUUACUAUUGAAUAAAAUGCAAUUUGCUUACA